UCAGCUGGAGGCAGCAAUAAACAGAAGGAAAAUCUGCAGCGGAAAAAAAGAGGAAAGGAGGAAACAGCUGCAGAUGUUAUGAUCUGAAACAUCAGUGUAACAUUUUUACACGAAGCCCUUCUUCUGAGAAGAAAGCCUUUUAUUUUUGUAUUAUGGUGUUUUAACUACCUCACUUAAAGACUAUCUAAAGCUAUGCUUUAAGAAUUGUUGUCGUUUCUACUGUGUGUGAGAUCUCGUUUACAACUUGAAUAACAUUGCAGAGGCAGGCCUUUGCUCCAAACCAAGUGAAACCUUACAUUUGCACUACAGAAGCCUGUCCACUCCUGUUUGUCAAAACCAAGAUCCAGCAAAGGGCUUCAAUUGAAAAAAAACAAAACAACAACAAGCAGCAAGCGAUAAGUAAACUCAACUAAGAACUCAAAAAGGCAGCUACAGCUUUUUCUUUGUGGACGACAAAAAGCACCCAAGUCAUCAACACUUGACACAAGCAGUCAUGUUUCAGCGUCUGAGCAACCUGUUGUUUGGGGAGGUGGAAGAGGUGGCAGCUGAGCUGAAGGGACCCAACCCCUGUGUGACGGAGGCCGACGAGGAGGGAUGGAUGCUCGUCAACCUGCCUGAAGACUCUGAAUGCAUGAUGCAGGCAGAGGACGAGACGGGAGCCCCGCUGACUGCACAAUUAUUUCCUGAUAGUAACCAAUCAAAUCAUCAAGAUACACAUACAAGGACUGAAUGCCCAGCCCCUGUUCCCCACGUGCCUCAUAAGCGCCGUAGGACGCAUAAAGGUCGGGCACGAGGUGCUGCAGCAUCAUCAGACCCCUUGUCUUGUCCAAGCGCUAGCCCGUCAGACAUGGGUGCCGCUACACCCGUGACCCAGCCAAGACGGGCCAGACUAUCCACGCCUUCUUCCACCCCGUCAAUGUCCCCUGGCUCUGGAAGUGAGUGUGGGGGCAGUGGGGGUAGCAGUAGGGCAGGCCCAGAGAGAGGCUGCAUGGAUGAGAGCUGGUUUGUCACCCCUCCCCCCUGUUUCACUGCAGAAGGAGCCACUGCGGAGGCCAGCCCGAUGGAGGACCUGCUCAUCGAGCACCCCAGCAUGUCUGUGUAUGUCUCCUCAAGCAACUUUUCCAUGGUCUCCAACAGCAACCUGUCUGUAGUGGGAGAGGAAAGCAUUGUCAGCCUAGCGAGCAGCGUGAGCAGAGUGGCUGAACCAGGUGCUGCCACUGCCACCGCCAUCCACGGCACUAUGCCCACCAGGGUGACCCGUGGAGCAGCAGCCCAGGCGGGCACUUUGGCCAAGGUCACCCAAGUGGCCAGGGUCCAGCGUAGCAAAGCUCGCAUUGAGCGGCGCCAUCUGGGCCGCAACCGCAUCCAACGCCAAAACCGCACCAGGGAGCAGGUCCCCCGCCACGCCAGAAACACCUUCCUUCACCAGCCCAGCAAGCGCAACAUCUGCCACUAAACUCCUCAGCAACUGCGGGGCAUCGUUUACUCUGAGGGCAUUAGUUGUGCAUAGUCAGCUCCAAGUCACACAUCAUUAAAUGUAUUCACCCACUGCGUAUUUGAUUUCAUUUCUGCAUAUUAUAUCAUAUUACCCUUAGAUACCAGUAGACCAGUAGCCUUUUCGUUUUGGUUUAGUCACAAACUGACCUGGUAGUUUUAUGCCCCAAUUCUGCUGUUAUGAACCCAGCCCUCUGAGUAGAUCUGUGUAGACCUUUACUAUACAUAUUGUCCAUUGCAGUAUCCAAACAACAAAAAAAAGUCUUCAAAAUAUGUUUAAAGGUUAUACUUAGUAACGAUAAGGUCUGAAUAACAACAAAAAGUUUAGCUCUAUUAAUUUUUUCUCUUAUCUUAGUAAAAAUGAUCUCUUUUCUUUCAGUGUUCCUUUAGGCAUGUUUCUUUUUAUUUAAUUCAACCUUUAAAUACCUAAAAUACUUUUUUAAAAUUUGGAGAUAACGAUUCUAAACUUAAAUGACUGGGUGUACUUUACGACUUUUCUGGUGGAAACAAUGCAAAACAGAGACAAGUUAAGCCUUAGUAACUUUGCAGAGAAAACAACUAAUCAUUUCUUUGGAGUAUUACCCAGCUGAUUAGUUUAUUUUUUAUUCAGAAAAAGUGGAUGGAUAUACUGUGUGUGACGAGAGUGAGAGGAAAUUCACUAGACAUUUGUUUCUCUCCUGUUUGGCCUGCCAACAAAGUAAAAGAGGGCAACGUUGUCUCAUCAUAGGAAACAAAUGUUUCGUUGAUAUUUCUCCCCUCUCACUUUGUGAUGGGUGAGAGCAAGUAGAAGAUGGUGAGAGUAUGAGCAAAACAGACUAAAGAGUAAAAGAUGAUGUAUUAGAAAGUGAUAGUUUUAAAAGGAAUGUGGUUAACAUGAAAUGGUCAUAAGAGGGUGUUAUGUAACCCUCUAAGCAGCCUGUGCGCAAAUUUUAAGAGAGCAUUUGUUUUACAUAUUUCAUGUGUUUUUCUGAGGUACCUUGAAUAUGAAAAUUUGUGUAAUGGGCACCCAUAAUAAAUAUAUAUAUAGAAAUAUUGAUGAGCAGGAUAAAUGGAGUGGAGGUUAAAAGAUGCAGGGCUUGCCUUUGGGUUACAGGGUAUGGCAGGUUAUAGUAAGUGCAGAGCGGUAUAAUUGAUGGCAACUCUUUAUUUUGUUUUGUUACAUUGUUUUCUCCUCAUUUUGUCUUGUAAAUUGUAAUAUUAUUUUACAGUCUCUCUCUUUCUGUGUGGCUCCACCAAAAAAAGAAAGAAAAGAAAGUUUGUUCCUGUCAGAAAAAGAGAAAGUACACCUCUGGCUUUUAAAGCCAGCAAAAAAAUUGCUCCCUGUGGAUCGCACGCAGCAUAACGAUCAUUAAAUGUGUGGUCUGUGAACUAAAGUAAUGAGCCCGGCACACAUCGGCCAUUUCCAUCCACAGUGUGUGCUGUGAUCUUACGUUUUCCAUGUGAACACCAAAAAGAAAGAACGAUCGCUUUCAUUGAAAAGUCACCGACUGCCCAGGAGGCCACUGUUAGGAGAAAAGAGGAGAACCGUCUCCUCAAAGCCUAAUGACACCCAUCUUCCCCUUAGAAUACAUUCAAAACUAUCAUCUUGCUUAUGUCAUUAUCUAACAAUGUCCACUUAAAGAUCUAGCAUACUGAUAUGUAUUCAACAACAAUAGUAAACAAUGGUGCUGAAGUGUAUACUAAUGUUUGUAAAUUAUUUGAGACAUGGAUGUAAGUUUGCACUGUCAUACAUUUUGUCAGAGUUUUAGCGGCGUGCUGUGUGCUUGUUUUUCUUUUGUGAUAUAUUGUUUUUCUUUUUCUUUUGAUUCAAAUUGUGGGUGCGAAGGUGUACUGACAUGUUAAAUGCUAGAAACUCUUUAAAAAGACAUGAAUAGCGAUCAUUUAUUUGUCUUGUAAAUAUUACAAAACAAUUUACAACCUUCCGUUAGAUGUCAAAGCCUCUCAGGACUUGAGUCCACAACGUUGUGUCCAAUGGUACUAAUGAGAAUCCUCUCUCUGCCUCACAUCUGUGCUCAUUAUCAAAUCACGAGGGCAUUUCCGUGGCCAAAAGUGGUGUCUUUGCCCCAUCUUCGGUUUCAUCUCUUUGAGAUGCACCAUAAAGCCAGCACUAGACUCAGAGUUGACUGCCAUAGGCAAGCACUGCCCUCCAGAGGGUCCAUUAGCACAGCACUAGCUGAAUGGAUGCUGGUGAGGAUACAGUACUAUGAGAUGGUUUCAAUACAAUGUGUACUGGUGUGUUCAAAGGACAGGAUGAAAGUAUGGGGAUUCAUUUCAGAUUGUUUGGAAAAUGGACAUGUCUUGUCUGAUUUAGAUCAGCUAUGUCUGUAUCAAGUAAGAUACAUUAUUUCCCCUUGAAUCAUACCACAACAGUUUUUAUUUCUGCCAAUAAUCCUAUAAAUGACUCUGUUUUAUUCAAAAUAUGUUAAUAUAUGUUAAUUUAUGAUAUAAUUAUGAAUAUGAGAUUUUUUCUGUUUAAAGAUGACUAUUGAUGUAUUCUGUUGAUUCCUCUGAAUGGUGCAGGAGAUGGAUCUGAGGUGAUGAUGAGUCUCUCUCACACACACACACACAAACAUUAUACACACAGUGAUCUCUAUUUUGGCUUCCGCACUCCCCAGGGGUCUUACUAUUCUAACUACUAACUAUACAUUUUGUUCGCCUGUUCUACAUACAGAAUGAAAACAGGGUAAUAAUGAGAGAUCACAGGUGUGUGUGUGAAUAAAAAAUUUAAAGAUCACCACAGAUACCCCUCUGCUGCUGCAAACCUGUCCUGUUUUCCCUCAUUUUUCCUUUCUUUUGGCUCUUUUCUUCUUUCUCACCAGUGUCAGGUUAAAAAGGAAAUGUGUUCCCAGUACAUUGUGUGUGUUUAUUGAAAGGUGUGGUUUAAGAGUGAAAGUCAUCAAACUAUGGUGAGAGGGAGUGGUCACCAAGUGUGUCGAGCCUACAUGAUGUGGACAGGGAAAUGAUGAGGCAGGAGAAAGAUACUUUAUAUAUUAUAAAAAAAUGAAUUAAAUGUAUUGUAAAAAUACAAUAGAAUAUGCUUGUAUUUUCCCAUAUAGUUAUUAGAACAGUUCACCAAUGGAAUAUUUUAAAUGAAAGGUGUUGAAUGUCUGGGGAGUUUAAUAUGUUUAAUGUUGUGCCCUGAAAUGAUGGCAGCUUAAAAACAUUUGGGGUUUCACCCAUGUUACAUCUUAAUUAGUAAACCCCUCCCCCCCAUAAAAAUGAAAUAUAUAGACAUAUAAAAUUUGGUGUAUCUGAUAUCUACAGUAUGGUGAUUGUGCCUUUCACUAUUUCUGCAUGGUUUUUGUGAUGUGCUGAUUUUUCCAUCCCCAAAGUGGACGGUCGUCCACUGACAAGCAAGACCUAUGCAAAAGUCACCUGAUGGGGUUUUCCAGCAUCCAUUCAGAAACAAAGGUACCCGCCAAAAAAAACCCAACAACAAUAAAUACUCAGGUUAACACCUGAA